AUGAAGCCGGUGCGCGAGUUUUAUAUUCCUUCCGUGCACGAUGAGACCCGCCUGAGCUGCCGCAUAUACCAGCCUGAGGGACUGGACUACCAGCAGCAGCCUGUGAUCAAGGCUGCUGUCGUUGCUCAUCCAUAUGCCACACUUGGGGGAAGCAACGACGACCCUGUUGUUCUGUCAAUCACCGCGGAGCUUGUGCGCAAUGGGUACACGGUGCUUACAUUGAAUUUCCGGGGUGCGAGCUAUUCCGGGGGCACAACGACGUGGACGGCCAAAGCGGAGAUGGGCGAUUAUGUUUCUGCUUACGGAUUUAUGUUGAAAUAUUCACAACUCCUUGGGCCACCUAAGCCGGUUGAACUAGUCCUGGCCGGAUAUUCAUAUGGAUCUAUGAUCGCCUCUUAUCAACCCAGCGUCGAGGAUGUAAGGGCCGUAUUCUUCAAACCGAAAACAAACUCGUCUGCAGCCAAAAUCAUCGCGAAAGCCAAACAAGUGGCUUCGGGAGAAGAGGUAAAUGAAGAUGAAGAAUUCUACGACUUUCGAAGAGUAGUAGAAAUAAAUGAUACAGAAAGUGAUUUACCGGCAGCAAAGAUUUCUUUCUUAUUGAUCUCGCCUAUCCUCUCUCUCGCCUCGGGAUUCGUGACAUUAUGGGCAAACUUGUCAAAGCUGUGGAUUGGGAACAAACAGAUCGUCACCCCAGCCCCUGAACAGCGACUCCCAGGGAAAAAGACCCUCGUCGUGUACGGUACGGACGACAUGUUCACAUCCGCUAAAAAGCUUCAGGCCUGGACCCAGAAGCUGAAGGAUGCGCCGGAAAGUCAGGUGGAUGCUGUAGAGGUUCACAUGGCCGGGCAUUUCUGGAUGGAACAAAGUUUCCAUCAAAAGCUUAGGCAAGCCAUUGGCAAUUGGCUGGGUCCGGCGUGA